AUGGCUGUGUUAAUCCUUGCGCUUCUAUCCUUGUCUCUGGGCUCAUAUCAGAUCAAGGACCUUAUUCGAACAUACACAAUAGGUGAUUCUACCGAGGUUGUCGAGCAGGCCACACUGCAAGUCAAACUGGUUAAAUCAGAGCCUGAUGAAGCUUUUAUCUACGGAUUGAAUGCAGCACUGAUGGAAAGAAUUGGGCUAAUAAAAGCAUUUUAUGGAAAGGAUACGUCCGGCCCCCUGCUCUCCGUGGACCUGUUCAAUGAAGGCUACAAUAAAACCGGGAUUAAGGUGCACCUUAUUAAUGGUCGGAGCGAUGGGUGGACUGGAGCAAUUCCCGAGGACUUCUAUCUCCACAUAUACAUCGUCUAUCCUAUCGGCGGUGAAAUACUUAACGUGGUAUCCACGCCAACUCUCAGCGAAGAGGUCUUGAGCACCCUUCGUGACAAUAACGAUGUCAAUCAGAUGCACCAUCUAGCCACGCUUAAAUUUACUACAUGUGUUGAGCUUCCUUCCUUCUACCCAUGUAGCAAGCAGAAGACCUCCUUUAAUUUCAACUCCAGGAAGACCAAGUUUUCAUCAUUAGAUACGGAUUUUCGAGGGUACCGGGUGUCCACCACAGAGACAACCACCCAGAUUUCCAUAGAUCAAAUUGCGUAUGGUCCCGAGCACACUUGCACUUUAAUAGAUAUGACGUACUACAGUAAUGCGUACCAAUUUGCCGUAAGUGCGGUACGAACAGUAAUAAUCAAUGGCCCAAACAUCAAAACAAAGACAACUAUGAGUGGAUUUGUGACAAUCACGGACGAUUUUGUUAUUCGUAAUAUCAAUCCCCGGAGCAGCGACAAGCACUUUUCUAAUAAAAAUAUACUAAUGCGUCAGCACUACGAUAUGACAAUACCAGCCUUCUUUGUGAUAGAGCUACCCUGUGAGGUAGAGCUAGAUGAUAUAUCGUAUUAUGACCGCAUAGGGAAGAUAGACACUAUAGAAAUAGACACGGAGAGUAUGCGCAAGUUGAGACAGAGGUUUGGAGAGCAAACAAGGACCCUUCUCAAGGUCAAGCCCAGAUUUGCAGUUGCAGGAGACAGCCAAACUAAAUUCACACUGAAAUAUAAAUGUAACAAUCUAGUCAGUCUAGAUAAGAGCAGCGCAGAGGCCCUGCCCAAAAGACUGGAGCGGGAUACAUAUGGGCUCGUACUCCCAUCUGGCCCCAAAAUCUUACACGCUUACUAUGAUUCCUUUUCUCUUUGCAUCUAUCCACCAUCUGGCGCUACUAAUGUACAGGUACAUGUCCCGUUCACAGGUGCUAUAAGCAACACGACCUACUCGGGAGCAUUGGACAUUCACCCUCGCAACGGCGGGUGUGUCUCCACCGGGCUGUCCACCAACGAAGGCAUCUCGACCCCUUUCACUACAAUAUGGGGCUAUGACACUAAGGAGAUGCUGUGGAAGAAGUUACGGCCACUGUCUAUUAACCUCUUCGCCAUUAUGUGUACUCUCUCCUUUCUCCGCACAAUGGUUGGUAAAUAA